AAUCUCAACUUGGGACCCUCUCAGGUCCGCCGUCAAACUCGCUUGUGUUCUUGCGAGCCAAGUGGGAAUCUAGUCACUAUGGCCGUCAAGAAGAAGAAUAAGCGCCAACCUCUGAGUCUGGCUUCAGGCCGACCCCCUACAGUUCAGCGAUCGAAAUCGAUAUCUCGAAAAGCUACGAAGUCGCUCAUCAACAAACACCAUCUUCUAGAGAAGCGGCGGCAACAGGCCAUUGCAAAGGGCGAUGAAGCUGAAGUAUCUGCUGUUGCCGCAGAAAUUGAAUCCUUGGGCGGCAUUGAGAAGUACCAGCAAGCCAGUCUCCAAGGCCAGAGGGAGGAUCGGGGCGGAGACAGUUCCAGAGUCUUGAUGGGGUGGCUGGAUCCAGCUACCAGCCUCCCCAAGGAUCCGGACGGAAGGCGGCUUCGUCUGCUAGAGGUCGGGGCUCUCAGCGUUGACAACGCUUGCUCGAGGAGCGGUCUUUUCGAUAUCGAAAGGAUUGACUUGAACAGCCAGUCGAAAGGCAUUCUUCAGCAAGACUUCAUGGAAAGGCCGUUGCCUCGUGAUGCUACCGAGAAGUUCGAUCUCAUUAGUCUCUCCUUGGUGCUCAAUUUUGUGCCUGAUCCAAAAGGGAGAGGCGAGAUGCUGCUCCGUACGCUCAAGUUUCUCCAUGAGGCAGACAACUGUCCUUCCACUUCGUCCGAACUUUACUUUCCAGGCCUCUUUCUCGUCUUGCCAGCGCCCUGUGUCUCAAACUCUCGUUACCUGGAUGAAGAGAGACUAGUGGCUAUCAUGGCUUCCAUUGGCUAUGUGAAAGUGGUGUCCAAGGCAACGCAGAGGCUGGUGUACUACCUGUGGAAGAGGAGCUUCAACCAACCACACGGUUCUCAAUCCUUUCCGAAAGAAGAGAUCCGCGGUGGGCCGUCAAGAAACAACUUUGCCAUAGUGUUAAAGCAAUCAACAGGAUGAUCUUACUCAACAAUUGAGGUCGUGCACCAUUUCAGAGGCGGCGCGAUCCCCGAUUGGACGUGAGACUGCGCUUCCCCAGGUCUAUCCUCCGACAGCUCAGCGUUUGCCAUAGGCUCACAAUAGAAGUGGCGACACUUCCACAUGCGGGGUUCCUCAACGAGCCGUUUCCAGCAACAGCAAGGUUGGGAUCGUGAGCCAGACCAGAUUACACCCAUCGGCAAUAGAAGGGGACAUCAUCCAUCCUAUCACAGUUGCUUAUUAUUCGGUGGG